AUCAAGAAUUCGAGGACUUCGAGCUAGCGCCAUUGAGAUACCGCCCAGAAGGACUCGAACAAUUGAGCGAAGCAACAAGAUUCACCAAAGAGGAGCUGCAAUUUAUGUAUCGGGGGUUCAAGCAGGAGUGUCCGACGGGCGUCAUUUCAGAAGAAACCUUCAAGGAGAUCUAUGGCAAAUUCUUCCCCCUGGGAGGCCAGCCAGACGACGGCUCCGGAAGAAACUCAGCCAUGUACGCCCACUAUGUGUUCGGAACGAUGGACCAGGACGGGUCCGGCUCCAUCACCUUCGGGGACUUCAUCAUGGGUCUGUCGGUGUUGCUGAAGGGAACGCUACAGGAGCGAGUCAACUGGAUCUUCAACCUCUACGACAUCAAUAACGACGGGUACAUCACCAAGGAGGAGCUGAUUGACAUCGUGACGUCCAUCUAUGACCUCUUGGGUGACCAGGGUAAUCCCAGCAUUGACGACGGUACGGCCAUUGACCACGUGGACAAGGUCUUUGAGAAGCUGGACCUGAACAAGGACGGAGUGGUCACUAUGGAUGAGUUCAUGGAAUACUGCUCCAAGAACGAGAAUGUCAUCCAAUCUAUGAACAUCUUCGACGAGAUCUAGUGUCACGUCAUCUGGGCAGUGACGGCAACAGCGCCCUGACGUCACCUAAUGUUUACCUACGUCACCAGUGUGCCUGGUGACACAAUAGAUGUCAACAGUCCUGGAGAGUCAUGGCAAAUGCGCUACGAGACAUGCAUUCUCUCUACUGCGACCUCCGUCGAUGGCCAAAGUCUAUUCGCUAAUCAGUUUAGUGGCUGGUGACUUCAAGUUGAUUGAAGCGGAAGAAUGUAAACCUUAGCCAAUGCUAAAGUCGGGGAAAUAAGGAGUUGGCGAAUGCUGAAAUCCACCAAAUUUAAUGCUCGGCGACGAUGAAGCCAAGGUGUUAACAAAUCUGUGGGAGUUGGAUUCGUCGGUUGUGUAAUGGAUUUGUAGGUCCAGCCGACACGUGUGUGUACCCGAAAUCACCUCAAGAUAACCUCAAGAUAACCACCAGCAGGCCUUGGCUACCCGGACCCUGGAAGGUGAUGACCAAGUUCACUCAUUUGCCCUCCUCGACGGUUCUUCAAGUCGACGAGUGUCAAAAAUGCUGAAUGUUGAAGUCGAUAAUUAUCAUGAAACUCCUGAAAACUGCCUUGUCCCCCCCCCCCCAAUACCGAAAUGAAUUAUUGUCGUGGGUCGAUUAAAGUCGACUACAAUUCCAUUAGUAAUUUGGGAGUCAACGACUGACUGCCUAAAGUGUCGAGUAAGAUCCUGGAAUUGAACAAUCCAGUGAAUUCAACUUGAACAAGCGUUGUCUCAGUGUGGCUGAGUGCAUCUGAUCGCAUAUAUCCCUACACACGCUCUGAUAUUUACGAAUAAAAUGCAACAUAGAAUCUGAAAUAUAAAAACAACAAUUUGAAAGACUUCAAAGAUGACAGAAAAAAUAUAUAAAUCGACUGGAUUUAUAUAUAUAUAUAUUUGGGAAAGCCUAAUAAAGAUAAACUCUGAUCAACCCAUCACACUGAGUCUAGCCUAGUCUUCAAGGGUUCCAUGUGACAAGUGAAUAUAUUACUCAGUGAACAGUGAGCAUAUUACUCAGACAUGUCUCAUAUUGACACAUUGACAACAUACACUCAAGAAUAGUCUUACUAAAUAAGUUCUCUUGUUACACUGUUAUACGUGAAUAUGUGUAUAUAUAUAUAUAUAUAUAUAUAUAUAUAUAUACAUAUAUCAUACUUGGUUCAGGCAUAUCGUCAUGCAAGGGGGGUAUGUUAAAUAAUAAUAUAUAUUACAUGAAGCUAAUUAACGAUCUUUGAUGUGAUUUACAUCACUUCUUCAAUCAGCCCACAUGAUGUGAAUGAUCGUCUUAACACACACACACACACACACACACACACACACACAAUGUAUAUAUAUAUAUGAAAUUGUAAUCUAUGACGUAUCUGCCACGUGUACAAAUCAUAUAUUAGUAACAAUUUGAUAUCAAAGAAUUCCUCAGCUUGUAAAGUGCAGUAGUUUAGCGUGAGAGGUUAUAAGGCCUAGUCAGUGGACUCUUGUUGUCUCACACACACACAGCAAAGAAACCAUUCUUUCAGGGCUACUUAUAUUCAUUGGCAUAUUUAUCAGAUUUUUCUUGUUUUUUUUGCUGUGGAUUUAUUUUGUAAGUCCCACAGAAGUGACGGGUUGAGUUCCUGGUGCGCGACAGUGGUUGGGUGGGAUUCCUAGGUCCCUAGCUUGCGGAGAGACUGUUGAAAGAAAAAGGUUAGAAGAAUAGGAGAGGAAGAGAAGAGAUAAUUGGGCCGAGAGGUGACAGAAGUGAUGAAGGCAGAGCGAGAAGAUCCAGGAGAGAGCGAAGGAGAAGUUACUUAGUGUAAUGUGGUGCUCAAUUUUCAGAGUCUGACGACUCCGGAAUUUUUUAAGCCCGCCAGCAACUUCGGGGGUGACUUAUCAAUUUAUUUCUGGUUGCUUGUGGACACCUUCUGUUAAGUCCACUCUGCCGGGAAGGCUGCACUUUAAGCCCAGGUUAGGACCAAGACCAAUAUAGAACCAAGUCCAGGUUAGGACCAAGUCCAGGUUAGGACCAAGUCCAGGUUAGGACCAAGCCCAGGUUGGGACCAAGCCCCGGAAAAGACCAUACCCAUGUUAUGACCAUACCCGGGUUAAGAUAAACCCACAAACUGAUGUCAAAUAACUAUUAUUUUGUUCCUUUUAUCCAGAGUUUAUGAAUGAGCCUCACUCGCCUUGUAAACGGACAUACGGCCAUAGCAACGUGUAAAGCACGACCACCUUAGGAAGAAGCUAAGUCACACUCGAGUCACGACACAGCGAGCUAACACCCGUUACCUACAUCAGAUUCCUGAAUCCUGUAUCCCGAAAUUCCUGUAUCUUAAUAGGCUCUCUCUGUACUGUUUAAUGAGCUUAUUAUUAACAUUUUAUAAAGACUGAGCUUUAUUUAACUUAUCCUGUUAGGUACAAGAUAAAGCUGGAGCUGUGUGCACCUAAGCCUUCGUACAAUCAGUUGAUUUGAUUUCACUGAUGCUGGAAAAUCGGUAAUGUGAUUGUGAUGGAGUUUGCCUAUCUGCUCACGUCUCCCUGGAACAAGAUAUUCUAUUCAGUUGCUUUUCUCAGUAGAGGGCUGGCUGGCCAGUUCCCAGGGUCUCAUAGCCAGAUUGUGGGAGUUGAUUCUUCUCCUCGAUCUGUCGGGAUAGCCAUUGUAGCGAAGACAACCCGGGGCCUGAUGGACCAACACAGCUCUGGGGUGUGAGGGUUAGUUACACCAGGUCGUUGGUGUGUUGUGAUAUGAUGGGAUGGAGGAACACGGACAUUGGGGAAAGCGACAAAAUUGUCCAGAUCAAACACUGCUGAAUGUUCAUAAAAUUCUGUAUUUAGGUGAUUCUUGUUGAGGUCUCUCUCUGUCUCUGUCUCUGUCUCUGUCUCUCUUUCUCUGUCUCUCUGUCUGUCUCUCUCUCUCUCUCUGUCUCUCUCUCUCUCUCUCUCUCUCUCUCUCUCUCUCUC